CUGUAGCAGGUGAGUGGGCUGCUUGACGGACGCGAAUUGGAAACCUUGAAGUUGGAACACAAUGUCAAGAGCUUCGAACGUGGUUAGAGACGCCAUUCUUCUGGUCGUCAGGGGUUCGUGUGUGAAAAGAAGUUCAGUAGGCAGUGUCGCAGUUUGCGUGGUGCAAACUCUGUUUCAAGGCUGUUGAAAGGGCUGCAGCUUUUUGACGUGCUUGGAUGAAGACGCUUUUCAGCUGCCCAGUCUCUGUGCUCUUGCAUUGGCAGCCUUAUUGUUGCAGCCGUUUGGAGGUAAGUGAAGGAAAUAGCUUGCUGAGCUGCAAAAACAACUAGAGGGGGCAAGCGAAUUUGGCGGCUCAGUAUGUCGUCGGGGAUGGUCAUUUCCGGAAGCAUGGUGGCCAGCUUCCUGGAGAAUCGCCCCUUCACCCGCAGCCUCAGCGGCAAAAAAACCGCCUCUAGUUUAGAAGCCUUGCACACCGGUCCUGCUCUCCGCAACAACCAUGCUCUGAAACUUGAGGAGGUCAGAAAUGUUCAAAGCGACACGGAGUUGUUGACGUCGUUCGGGGAGGCUACGCUGCCCUCUCCCGGGGCUCUGGACAACCGGGAGGGUGUUUCAGAGUUUCUAAGUGACAUCGGGCCCUCUCCAAAGUGGGGCGACAUGAUUGCAAAGGGCGAGUGGUCCCUCCCGGGGGGGUUGGGGGAGGAGUUGCCAAGCUUGUUUGAUGCCCAUGCAAGCUUCCCCCCCCAACGGCCUGACACGGACGCAACCAUGAUCGACACCGAGGAGGGCAUCAACGGGAGCGUCGAGCAAACGCAGCCCCCGGCCUCCGCUGAUGUCAGCAUGGGGGACGUUGACAAUGGUAACGUUGACAACGGGAAUCCUGCCGCAACGGAUACGUUCCUUUCGAGCCUCUUUGACUGGGAUAAGCUGGGAAACACCCCCACGCCGAAGAAAGAAGAGGGGGCUCAAAACGGGGGACCUGUAGCAAACGCAGCUCGGCCGCAACCAAAGGCGCCCUCUCCGGCAAUCCGUUACACCCGGAGCCGGUCAUUUGAGCUGCGUAAGCUGGUUGAACAAAAAGGGUACUCCGCAGAUAACGUUAUGAAAGCAAUUGACGAGGGGAAGGUGGAUCCUGCGGUGGUUUGGGCAAAGGCAGCGGCCGAAAACGCGGCCGCCUCGAGACCCGCGCAAGAAAACGGUGUGAAAACGGAACAAGCGGGUGUGAGUAAGGGGCCGGGCGAUGUAAAUAACGGGCAACCGGAGAAGGAGCGGCCGCCGGACAUGGCUGAAGAGCUUAAGAGGCUGGUCAACCGAACCAACCAACAAACCACGGUACCGAUCCGCGGCAGCCGGCAGUCCCCUCACCAGAGCCCCCUGUCGUACCUAUCCCCACGGUUGCGAGAACUGCUAGACGCGCAGUUGCCGGACUCGCCUUUCCCAAGCUCCAUUACGCAAUCAGAGGGCGCUUCAGGCAACGCGGGUGCGCAAAAUCCGUCAGUCCCUCCCCUCAUGACCGUCCCCCUCACUCAGCCCCGCCACCGGGGCCGGCCGCAGCCCCUCAAGGGUUUGACGUCAGCGCAAAAGAUCGAGCCCCUCCGGGCGGCAAGCAGCGACCCGGGCAGCCUCUCGCGGAAGCGGGGGCCGUCCACUGAGAUGCUGCCACCUGUCAAGCGCUCGUCGAGCAAUGUUUCGGACAAUGCUCUGGGGCUCGGCCGCACCAGCUCCAGCAUCAGCGAGGUGGUCCGCGCGUACUCCGAGAUCCGGACGUCCGAAAAGCCCCCCAUUGCAAAGCCGGCGGAAACAAAGAGGCGGGGCCGGGGGGAGAAAGAAACGAAGCCGGCGCCGCGCAAGACUCCUCAACCGCAACCGCAAUCGAAACCACCUGCUCCUGUGCGCCCUCCCGUCGUGUCUCCUGUCGUGGCGCCGUCUCAUGACGUCACGCAACUUCAACUAGUGAUCAAGGCGCAGAAGGCCGAUCAACUGGAGGAAGAAAACCGGGGGCUCAAGCAGUACCUCACGUUCCUAAACAAGAAGGACGGGCUUCAAACGAAGCUGAUCGAACAGCUCGAGCAGCAGCUAAUGCGAGUCACCGAGGAACGAGACAAGCUUUUGGCAGCUACCAAGAAGAGAUAGCCGCUCUGACGUACUUUUUCAGGAAAGACGGCUAACUUCGGGGGAUCAGCCACCGGGAUCUGUCCUGUGGUAGGGUGUAUAGAAAUCUGUUUUAGAAUCUAAGAGUACUGGAAGCAGCAGCUUGCUGCCUAGGUCGAGUGACUGACAGUCGAGAUAGGGGUUUGCAGGACCAUCCGACGACUUCGCAAAGCUCUAGGAGAAACCGGUGGCUUAAAUCACAAAAGCACAUAUCGUCUUGUGAGCCUGGUGAUUAUAGGACGCGUCUAAUUGAAUUGAGGUUAUAGUCACAGUCCAGGAGGGCGCUGCCAUCAUCCGAAGUUGAGGUCCAUGCGCGUAUGUGGAUCUGAAAUCAGUAGCUCAAUAAAAGCGCAAGCUUUACCUGAUUGCCAUGCCCCUUGUUUCAAGUUUGAUUUAACAUCUGGUUGUACCUCCCGUUGAUAUAUACGAACAUUAGGCCGAAC